AAGGAAAGGAAGGGGAGAAAGGAUGCUGCUUGCGGUUCUCUUCACGAACACCGAGGGCAACAUCCUCAUCGAACGCUUUCAGGGAGUUCCUACAGAGGAGAGACUCCAUUGGCGAUCUUUUCUAGUAAAGCUAGGAGCAGAUAAUCUAAGAAGAGCUAAAAAUGAAGAAAUUUUUGUUGCUUCUCACAAGUCUGUUUAUAUUGUGUAUACCAUGCUUGGAGAUGUCUCAAUUUACGUCGUUGGCAAGGAUGAGUAUGAUGAAUUAACUUUGUCCGAAGUUAUCUAUGUGAUAACCUCCUCUGUGAAGGAUGCAUGUGGUAAGCCUCCUACGGAACGCCUAUUCCUUGACAAGUAUGGAAAAAUUUGCCUAUGUCUGGAUGAAAUAGUUUGCAAGGGGCUGCUGGAGAACACUGAUAAGAGCAGAAUCCGACGUCUGACAAGGUUAAAGCCUCCUACUGAUGUCUGAUCAAUGUCUCUCCUACUGGCAUGAUCAAGGUUCUUCUUGUUGAUCUUUUCUUAAUAUCUCAUACCCUUUGCAUUCUAAACCAAUAAAUAGCAAAUUAUUCAAGUCUGCUGGGAAAUUUGCAUUCACUUUUGCAACAAUAAAUUAUAUUCUUUUCCUUUGUCAUAUGUAGUUAAAGGAAAACUGUAUUGCCAACUUUUUACUUUUCUAAAAGAUUGAGUUGUAUGCUUUUGGGAUCGUGUAGGAUCAUUGAUUUUGUUUAGAAUCUCAAACAACUGACGGCUUAAAUCAUGAUAAUUAUUUGACAACAGGGGACAUCGAUACAAGAAAAUAGAAAUGGAUUGAUAUAAAUCUUAGCUUUCUAGGAGAUGCAAUCUUUCACAGUUGUGCUUCAGAUUUCUUCCAAAUCCACAUCAGCACAUAUUUAACUUUCCUGGAUCAUUUUAUUACAUGCUACUUUUGUCAAGAUCCAUAUAUUGUUGACACUUUGAUCAUAGUAGGGCCAAAGAGAAACUCAAUAUACCAAAGUAUCAAUUUGCUCUUCUUUUAGUGAACCAUUUUGCAAGAGAAGUGAAUUACUUGAGAGUAUUAAUGUGAUUUGCCUAAGGCCAAAAUAAAUGUAAGAAAUGUAAUAUUUACUUGUAUGAUUUGGCUAAUAUUCAUCGUAUUGUCAGACUUGGCACAUGGAUACUGACUUGUUAGCCAAUAGCAAAAUAAACCGAUCAAAUUCUUCAUGUUAUCAUGAAUCAAGAUAGAAAAUAUUCACUGAAUCAGAGGAUCCCAUACUAUAAAUUAGGGUCCCUCCAAAUAUGACACAUAUUCUUGUUUCUCCUUUUUUUACUUUUAUACUUCAUCUCCAUAUGCUUCUGACAUUGGUAUUUUCUUGCAAGAGGUAUGGAAACCUAAUUUAAUUCAUAGCACCCCCUCAACAGCUCUCAUAAUCCAUGCAGUUGAAUCAAUUUUUGAGGUGUGAAAUGAUUCGGCAUGCGAGCUAUGUCGGUUUGUUUUUGUAAUUCAGCUUGACGACCAACACUAAAAUGAACAUUUUUUUUUCUAAAUAGCCUAAAUUUUUUUGUCCCCUACACCUUUUCUUGACCUUGUAAACUUGUUCUUUUGUUAUUGUUGAGGCU